AUGGCAACCAUCAAGAUCCUCGACGGCGGCCUGGGCACCUCGCUCGAGGACAAGUACGGCGUCAAGUUCGACCACUCGCGCCCGCUCUGGUCGUCGGACCUGCUGGUGUCGGACCCCUCCACCCUGCUGUCCUGCCAGCGCGACUUUGCCACCGCCGGCGCCGACGUCGUGCUGACGGCCACGUACCAGGUCUCGCUCGAGGGGUUCGCCGGCACGCCGACACUCGAAUUCCCGUCCGGCAUCCCCAGCGGCGCCGUCCCGCGCUUCCUCGAGACAGCCGUCGACGUGGCCGAGCGGGCCGCCGCCGGCGCGGCCCUGGCGCUCAGCUGCGGGCCCUACGGCGCCUGCAUGGUGCCCGGCCAGGAGUACUCGGGGCGGUACGACGGCGCCCACGACGGCGAGGCUGCGCUGGCGGCGUGGCACCUCGAGCGCCUGCGGCUGUACGACGAGUCGUUCCUGGUGUCGCCGUCGGGGCCUCGGCUGCAGUACGUGGCGUUCGAGACGCUGCCGCGGCUGGACGAGAUCCGGGCCGUCAGGAAGGCGUUUGCGGCGGUGGAUGGCGGGGUAUUUCCCGGCAGGUUCUGGAUCGCCUGCGUCUUUCCUGGCGACGACGAGAAGCUUCCGGACGGGAGCACCGUCGAGCAGGCCGUCGAGGCCAUGCUUGGGCCGCUGGACGGGGGUAGUAAACCGUGGGGGAUCGGGAUCAACUGCACAAAGCUCCACAAGAUCCAGGGGCUGGUCAAGAGAUUCGAGGACGCAGUGACGGGGCUGGUGCAGCGGGGAGUGGUCAAGGAGGCGCCCGCCUUGGUGCUCUAUCCGGACGGGACCAACGGUGAGGUGUAUAACACGACAACAAAGAUAUGGGAGGCGCCUGCAGGGUUUGAGAAUGACGAAGUGCCCAAGGUUCCCUGGGAGGACAGCCUGGCGGAGAUAGUUCAAAGGUCAAAGGAGAGAGCGGUCUUUACCUCGUUUCUGGUAGGUGGCUGCUGCAAAGCAAAUCACGAGAACAUCAAGGCAUUAAGGAGCAGUUUGAUGUAG